AUGGAUAGCCCAGACUGCACGCUCAAUAUUCUCCGAUACAUCGUGGGAUUCAGCGGUCUUCGGGACUUCAACGACCUUGGCAAAAUGAGACUAGACACUCUUCACAGUCGGAUCAGAGCCGUCAAUAAGAGGCUCUCACGAUACAAUGUCAUAUCCAUGUGCAUCAUUUGGCUUCAGACCAAGGCUUUGCAGACACCGUUCUCGACACUUCCAAUCGAGACUUGGUGCACCUCCUGGGCUAACCAGCGAUGCAAUGAAGAGGAUGUCCUUAAUUUUUGGAAGUAUUCUCUGGAAAAUAUCUGGCUCUACCAUCAACGAUGCGAUCCAGGGUCAAGAAAAAUAAUGACCAGGCUUUAUGAAGAGAUUAAAAGUCAUCUGUGUCGGGGCCAACCUUCCCCUAAUAAGAAGCAAGCAGGUGGCUCUGGUUCUUAUCCUCAAGACGCAUUUUUAGGGAAGACUAUGGAUAACCACUGGGAGCCACCCCCUCCGGUCGUUAAACACUCUGUUGCUGCGGUAGGCUGCGCAGAGAAAACGAUCAAACUAGGCUGGGAGCCCGGUGAGAGCCGGGAUGGUGUCUCUACACAUCAGACGGCAAAAUUGUGCUUGGAUAGAACGGAGCUCCUCAAGAAACGAACAUCUGAACUUGUGCACCUUGAUGAGACGCCUGGCCAGGAAAAGGAGGCACACGACCAGGCUGCCCAGAAGGAAGGCAUUUUAAAUAACUUAGAAGCCUCCAAGGCCCCGGGUGGUCUUAGCUUGACAAAACCUCUUGCCAAGGAUAUUUGUCGAAGAUGUCACACGGCAGGGCAUGCCAUCUCCGAUUGUCCCACGAUCAACGACUCAUCGUGGGAUCCCCCUCCACAUCCAAGAUAUAUUUGCGCUAUUUGCGGAGUGUCCGGCUCUCACUAUGUCUGGGACUGCGAGUGGCGUCGGCCCAAUACCCAAUGGAGCACAUACAGCAAGAGGAAUCAGUUUGCUACCGAGAAGAACACGCAAGUCCCUUCUCAGGUGUCUCCUCAUCCAGCAGAAGUCAUGAGGGGGUAUUUUCUAACAAAGCCGACGCCUACAAAACAUUGUGAUGAUUUUUUGCCGUCGGUCAACAUGGAACAGAGUAAACUGGCCCUUCGCCCUGGUGUUCGUGAUGGUUUGGACUGUGGGCCACAGAGUCGCCCCAGGAUGAGUAUUGAAUCUGAAAAGAGUCGCCAAUGGAGCAUUCCCCGACAUGAAGACAAUUGUGACUCGUUGGAUGAAGAGAGAGAUGCUACAAAAACAGUGGACAACGAAGCAGGUGAAGUACCUUGCCAAACCGCAGAUGAUUUUUUGUCCAGAUUCGGGCUCGCACUCAAGAGGAAAUUUUAUCAAAAGACUUCUCCUGAAGAACUGAUCAGUCUAGAAAAUGAGCCGAUGACCAAGAAGCUCAAAACAGGCCUUGAAGAUGGCGAAGUGUUGGAUGGCAGCCAUUCGCCAUCCCUUUUGACCAGCCGGAUACCUAUCCCGGGUGCAAAUGACAAAGACGGGAGCUCCGUCCCGGAACCACAACCGGGCGGUCCUGAGAGUACAGAAUCGAUGAAUCCCGCCAGUCGUCUUGGCCGCAGCCCAAGUGUCCAUGACCUGUUUCCGAAUCGAGAGUGGGAGCACACUACCCAUGAGGCACGGCAAACGGCAAUGGAGCUGUGGCAGAGCAGCAGUGACAAUAUCGAACUUACUACCGGAGCCGAAAAUGAGGCUCCGUUGGUCGCAGUCAAGCUGGAGGAUAGUCAUGGCGCCAUUGACCAUUCCAUUGCAAUUGAAGGUAAUAAGAAUGGUGCCGCAGCUGGCGGCAUUGCGGGAGGGGAGGAAGAUGACAGCAUUUCCUCUGUAACAAGCCUGUCUGGUUCAAACAAGCAACGUGAGGAGUGCGAUGAUAUUUGGCACGUCGCUGCGUGCCAGUUGCACCACCAUAACGGCGAAGCUAUUUAUUUUGCCAGCAUGGAGGUAAAGCAGAUUGGCGACACGGCUGACCCUUUAGUUGCAGCUGAAGACAAGAGCGACGCCGCGGUUGUUGGCGCUGUUGAGGAAAAGGAAGAGGGGAGCGCAUCUGCGACAAAGGCUCUUGUUGCAGGUGAGGAGGACAGGGGCCGAAGUAGUAUUGGGCACAUCAUUGCAGAUAAUCUGCAACGGAGUAAUGUAGCUAUUCAGCCCCUUGAUGUCGAGGCGAAGCAGGAUGGAAGCGGCUGUGAACUCUGUGAGCAUAUCGAAGUCUUGGGUUGA